AUGGCUCUUCAGGAUGUGUGCAAAUGGCAGGCCCCCGACACCCAGGGACCAUCCGUUCACUUGCCUCAGGCUGGUGGCUGGGCUGUACCCCGGGGCUGUGACCCUCAAACCUUCCUGCAGAUUUACGGCCCCAGGCUGGCUCAUGGCACCACCACCCUGGCUUUUCGCUUCCGUCAUGGUGUCAUUGCUGCAGCUGACACUCGCUCCUCCUGUGGCAGCUACGUGGCAUGUCCAGCCUCACGCAAGGUCAUCCCCGUGCACCAGCACCUCCUGGGUACCACCUCUGGAACCUCUGCCGACUGUGCCACAUGGUAUCGGGUGUUACGGAGGGAGCUGCGCCUUCGGGAACUGAGGGAAGGUCAGCUGCCCAGUGUGGCAGGCGCAGCCAAACUCUUGUCAGCAAUGAUGUCCCGCUACCGGGGUCUGGAUCUGUGUGUGGCCACUGCCCUGUGUGGCUGGGACCACACUGGCCCUGCUCUCUUCUAUGUCUACAGUGAUGGGACUUGUCUGCAGGGGGAUAUCUUUUCUGUGGGCUCUGGAUCUCCAUAUGCCUAUGGUGUACUGGACCGUAGCUACCACUAUGACAUGACCAUCGAGGAAGCCUACGCCCUGGCCCGCUGUGCUGUGGCCCAUGCUACCCACCGUGAUGCUUAUUCAGGGGGCUCGGUGGACCUUUUCCACGUUCGGGAGAGUGGAUGGGAGUAUGUAUCCCGCAGUGAUGCCUAUGUGCUGUAUAUGGAGCUGCAGAAAGCCCAGGGCUUGGAGCAGGAGCUGGAGGAAAAAGCUGGCGAGGUCCAUCCUGACCCUGCCUCUCCACAAGAUGCUCAAGGAGGCGGAGGACUCUUUGCGGAGCCAGAGGAGGUGACACCAAAUGACUGUGGAAUAAUAACAGCGAAGACUAAAACAAUGUGA